CAGCGUACAAGUAACAGUUUGUUAUUGACAACGAAUAAAAUGCACUCACUUGUUUUCCUGGCAGUUAUAAUUUCGGUGAAAUGUUUAGUCAACCAUGCUGAAGAAAAUGUCGGUAUCUCCACUACACCCAUUUGCCCACCCUACAUCGUCAAUCUCGCAGAAAAACUUGAUAACCUUGACCAACGCGUAAAAAAACUAGAGCAAAUAGCUGAAAAUUCAGAACCCAAGCCAAAAAAAAUUAAAUUAUCAAAAAUGCGUCCACACAAGCGGCAAGAAAGUUGCCAUCACGUUCUACAACAAGGCUUCGAGGAAUCCGAUUUUUAUUAUAUCAAACCCUUGGGUGCCCGACGACCAGUCUUGGUCUUGUGCGACAUGGACACCUUGGGGGGCGGCUGGACUUACGUCCUCAACAGGUACAAUGGGUCUCAAUCUUUCGAUUUACUGUGGCCUGAUUACAAACACGGGUUUGGCAACAUCAAAGGAGAGUUUUGGUUGGGGUUGGACACCUUACACCUUUUAACAGGUGGAGAAGCUAAUGAACUCCUCAUCGAACUGGAAGAUUGGGACGAGAAAAAAGCGUACGCGUUGUACGAUUUUUUUAGUGUUGGUAGUGAAUAUGAAGGGUAUAUGUUGAAGAUAUUGAGAGGAUAUCACGGCAGUGCUGGGGAUUCGUUAAGUGGUAACGUUGGCUCUAAGUUCAGCACGAAAGACCACAACCGAGAUCCCCAAACUUUCGAAUGCGUUUUUAAAAAAAAUGCAGGAUGGUGGUACCGCAAUUGCAGCGAAUCAUUGCUUACUGGAAGAUAUUACAAGAGCUAUCAAAGCUACCACCAAGGGGAUGGACUCUAUUGGGCCACAUACCGUGGAAAGGAUUACAGUCUUAAGUAUGCGAAGAUGAUGAUUAGACCAGCGGGACUGAGUAGCAGGUUAAUGAUUCCCGAAAACGCUUUUAAUGUCGUUCGUAAUUUAUCCAGUGAUUAUACCACCCUCAGCCCGUAAUAUUUAAUGGUGUAAUAAAAUAUAUAUACAUAAAAA